AUGCGACAGCCACGUAGUAGCAACAGGACCCUGGCCCUUAGCAUCCUCCUGGGCGUUGUCUUCAUCUAUUUCCUCUACAGCAUCCACAACACCUCAGUCGACCAGUCCGAACUCCGCCUGCGAGUACAAACAUCCGCAGCCGAGAACCCUCUAUCUCCCCCGACCUCAGCCUUCCGCAAGCAAUCCAACUCCCAAAAUGCCCACGGUGUCCGCCGGCCGCCUCCCGUCGUUCACUACCAACUGAACAACCUGACCGCGUCAGCACUGCCCGUUCAAAAGCACGAGAAAGUCCUCAUUUUGACGCCCCUAGCGCGCUUCUACCCCGAAUACUGGGCCAAUCUCAUGACCUUGAGCUACCCUCACGAGCACAUCAGUCUCGGCUUCAUCACGCCCAAGACGAAGGAAGGCAAUGCGGCGACGGCCGCCCUACAAGAGGCAAUAAGGGAGACGCAAUCGGGUCCGGAAGAACAACGGUUUCAAUCGGUGACUAUUUUGAGGCAGGACUUUGUGCCACCCUUGAAUUCACAAAACGAACAGGAACGCCACAAGAUGGAAAACCAAAAGAUCCGGCGGGGGUCCAUGGCGCGGGCACGAAAUAGCUUGCUCUUCACCACCAUCGGACCGCAUACGUCUUGGGUGCUGUGGUUGGACGGUGAUGUGGUCGAGACUCCCACUACGCUGAUCCAGGAUCUGGCCAGUCACGACAAAUCCGUCAUUGCCCCGAGCUGCAUGCAGCGGUUUGUCAACGACCAAGGGAACGAGGACAUCCGGCCCUACGAUUUCAACACCUGGCGCGACAGUGACGUCGCACAGGAGCUCGCCAGCAAGAUGGGUCCCGACGAAGUUCUUCUCGAGGGAUACGCGGAGAUGGCCACAUAUCGAACACUCAUGACCAAGCUGGCGAAGGUGGGCAAGGACCGUGAUGAACGGCGUCUGAUGCCGUUGGACGGCGUGGGUGGAACAGCACUUUUGGUCAAGGCCGAGGUGCACCGCGACGGCGCCAUGUUUCCUCCCUUUCCUUUCUAUCAUCUCAUCGAGACGGAAGGCUUCGCGAAGAUGGCGAAGCGGCUUGGGUUCGAGGUCUGGGGCCUCCCCGAUUACUUUGUGUACCAUUAUAAUGAAUAG